AUGCCAUACUUUAAGACGAGCCAAGAAUGGCUCGAGCAGUCCGUUCUCUUGAUCGAAGCCCGACCAACCACAACUCGCAUAACGACUAGGUACACUAUCAAGAGUGUCAAGCCCCCUUCGAGCAAUCCUGGCGACGAUGCAACUGCAGGUGGUGACGCCUCGGUGAUGCGGGCAACAUCCAAACCACCACGCGCCAGCCUCGUUAUCAAGACGUACGAUCCCGUCAGUGGCGUGACGCUCAAGUACCGUACCACCAAGGCUGCCGAGGUCUCCCGGCUCAUCUACUCUGCGCUGGGCCAACUCGGCAGGGCCAUGGCCGCCCUACCCGUUGACGUCCCUGGAGCCGGGACGCCAGGUGCACCAGCCCGUUCUGGGGACAAUGCAAAUACCGAGGCCAAGGUGGCAGCGGAGACGGCGGUGCCAACGCAACAACCGCAGCAACCAUCACAAGCGGGAGGUGGUCACAAAAAGAAAAAGGGGCGAAAAUAA